AUGGAGGAUAGUGGUACAUCAAGGGAGAAUCUUACAUGGACUGAAGCACAAAUGGACUACUUAGUCCAGCUUCUUUUGGAGCAAUCACGCAUUCCUGGUAUGAAGUCUGGUGGAGGUUUGAAGGCAAAAGCAUACACAGCAAUAGAAAGAAGCAUGAUAGACCGCUUCGGAAGGGACUUCACUAAGGACAAAAUAAAAAAUAAACUGAAAUAUGCAAAACCAAACUUGACAGUGUUGAAGGAAAUGAUGAACACAAGCGGGUUUGGAUAUGACCCUACUAACAAAUGCAUUGAAGUUGACCCCCAGGUUUGGAGUGAGUACAUUGAGAAAUACCCUAAUAGAAAAAAGUACAAAGGACCAAAGUUUUGGAGAUACUAUGAUGAGUUUCUUGAGAUAUUUGGUGAUUCUCACGCAACUGGGAACACAGCAGACACGUGCAACAGCAUGUUAUUAGAGGAUAUUAUUGAACCAUUCCCAACAACACCUGCUUCCCAAUCGACUCCAUUUCACAUGGAACCUGAAAAUACACAAUCAUUCACACAGAUGCUUCAUGAAGAUAGUCCUUCAAUACAAUCGCCAACAUCUGCAACUCCUACACCUCAACAUCCCACCAUGACAACCAACAGGACUACAAAUAGGUCUAAAAGGAACAGGUCAGACUAUGAUGAAGAAUACUAUAAUUUGUUGCACCGUAUUGCUGACGAUGUGCAUACCAUGACAAAUGGAAGUAAAGGGGUUCAAUUUGUCCAGUGUUGUGAAAUACUUCAAGAAUUGGUUGAGACAGGACAAAUUGAUUCUGAAACACAUGUGAAGAGUUUUGAUUUGUUGGCUGAGGGCACGAACCCCAUGAUCUUCGUCAAUAUUCCAUCUUCACAACGGGUGCCAUGGUUGACACGUAAACUGAAUGGGUCGUAG